GCAGUCUGAGCAUUGGAUGGUGGAGCGGUGAGACGCUGUGGACGGCAGCUGAUGGAGCAGAGCUACGGGGAGGUGAACCAGCUCGGCGGGAUGUUCGUUAACGGCCGGCCGCUGCCCAACCCGGUGCGGCUCCGGAUCGUGGAGCUGUCUCAGCUCGGCAUGCGGCCCUGCGACAUCAGUCGCCAGCUGCGCGUCUCCCACGGCUGCGUGUCCAAGAUCCUGGCCCGCUACAACGACACCGGCUCCAUCCUGCCCGGAGCCAUCGGCGGCAGCAAGCCCCGGGUCACCACCCCCGCCGUGGUGAAGCGGAUCCGGGACUACAAGCAGAGCGACCCGGGCAUAUUCGCCUGGGAGAUCCGGGACCGGCUGCUGUCUGACGGGGUGUGUGACAAGUACAACGUGCCGUCUGUGAGCUCCAUCAGCCGGAUACUCAGGAAUAAAAUCGGGACUCUUUCACAGCCGUAUGAGAUCACCAAGCCGGUCCCGACUCAGCUACAGUACGGACACGUUUACCCGUACUCCUCCUACACCGGGCCCGCAGUGACCCCCACCGGGACCAGGACCGGCAGCGGCCCCGCCGGACACGUCGGCCUGCCGCGGAGCUGGCACAACAUCCUGGGCAUCCGAGCCUUCAUGGACCCGACAGCACUGUGUGGAUCUGAUGGACAUGCAGCCAAAAUAGAGGAAUGGACCAGUAUGACCAGUAACACCAGCAGCAGGCCCUUUCCUUCUGGAGUAAAUGGUGUGGAGAAAACCAACAAUGAGCUGGACCUCAAAUACCAACAGCAGUCUUCAUCCAGUCUGCCUGGUUACGUCUCAGCUUGUGCGUAUUCUCCACCAAACCAGUACAGCAUGUACGGAGGCCCAGCAGCUAACUACAUGAGCACUGGACACCACUGGGCGCCCCAGUCCUCCAGUCUCCCUCCCAGUCUGACACCCAGUCUGACCCAUGGUCAGGCUCAUCCCGGCCCUGCAGCACCACUGGAGGCUGCAGAUUUCCACACAUCUUUGAAACUUCCACAAGGAGACGAGGACAGGAAACCUCAGAUUCCUCUGUACAAACAUCACAGAUUGUCUUCAGCCUCGUGACGACUCUGAGCAAACACAAGAGGAUCUGAUGUGAUGCUAAAAGACCUAAAGUCAUGUUUUAUAUCUGAUGAGAGUUAAAGAGACAACAUGACUUAUACUGCUUCAGACUGGAGCUCAAGACCUGAAGGAAAAACUCCACUGUGGCUGUUGAAACUCCUCCAUGAUCACCUCCUCUCUGGACUGUAUUUAAUGAUUUGUUUUAUUCCCCAGGAUCGGCAGCAUACAGACAUGUGGUGGAAGAAAAAUACAUUAAAGCACCCAGGAUUAUAAAUACAUCAUACAUCAUUUUUUUCAUUUCAAAGAGACAGUGCACCCCAAAAUCAAAAAUAUAUAUUUUUGCUCUUACCUGUAAGUACUACUUAUCUAUCUAGAUUAUUUUGGUGUGAGUUUCCAAGUGUUGGAAAUAUCGGCUGUAGAGAUGUCUGCCUUCUCUCCAGUAUAAUGAAACUACCGAACUACACCUGCCAACCAUAUCAUCAGACAUGAGGAACCCUGCAUCUACUGCUAGCUCACCUAGCACAACUGAUUUAACUCAUGUUACAACUCAGCCGAGGAGGACGCCGAUAAUGUUAACAUCUCGUGCUGUCAUGAGCAUGAGCCUCUGGUCCAUGAGUAGAUGUACGCUUCCCUCUGCACAGUGAUACGGUUGCAAGGUGUAGUUUGAUAUGAAGAAAAUAGUUCCUCACAACAAGGUAUGUGGAUUAUCUUGAGUAACCAGGUCAUGAUUUCUGUAAAGAGACAUUGCUGUUGAGUUUUUCAAGCAUAGUUUUUCAGCAAUUUGAGCAACACAAGCUGAGUGCCAUGUGGUUUCAUUAUAUUGGAGAGAAGGCAGACAUCUCUAUGGCCGAUAUCUCCAACCCUUUGCAACUCACACCAAAACAAACUAGUUUGAUAAAUAGCACUACAGGUAAGAGGAUAAAUAUGUAUUUUUGAUUUCAAGAUGAACUGUCCCUUUAACAACAAAACAGAGUGUGUUGUUUCCUCUUUCACUCCGAAAAACAAACACAAUUUUGAAGGAAUAAUUCUACAUAUUAGAGAAUGGGCUCAUACCCUUUCUUGCCAACUCUCCAACAGAAAGGGGAAAGUAGGGUAUUUCUGUCUAUUGCUUGAAUCUCCAGCUUUUUUUUUCCAUAUUUCUUUCAUAAAAGGAAAAGUUUACUGUAAAUUGCUUUGGAACUGUAUCAUCUUGUAAAAUAUUUUGGUGAAGCUGUAAAUAUAUUUUUCUAUAAAUGAGCUUAAU